AUGCAAGAACAUCACUUCGAGUACGCCAGUCAUGUGGGCGCGACAGAUUUCUCAGCUGGGAUUGGCGAGCAUCCACAUAGUGGCCAGCUGUGUGAAGCCGUGAAAGGUCGAGAUUGGUAUGCGCUUGUGGCAGCUCAGAAUUGGAACUCAUUUGUCAACAGUCUGUAUGAUUCUGCCGGUUACGCGUAUGAGCCAUCUUUGCGGAUUUUUACAGAAUUAAAAGCUGAAAUGGUAUGUGUUAUAGGUAUCAUACCUGAGAUGUUGAUCGACUUCGAAAAAGAUCCGACUAGGGUGUAUAAGACUGCGGCGUCUUAUGUGGGGCUUGUCACCACUUGGGUGACCUGCUUCCCGGGAUGUAUAUUUAAUUCCUGGGCUCCGAUUACCAGUACAAUGUUUGCCUCCUGGGGAGAAAUUGCAUGGGUUUCAUUUGCAGGGGGGUUGUAUGUCUCUACUUCGUUUGCUUUUAUAAACUCGGUCAUAUUUGUUGGAACUGGUGAGGAUCGUUUCACAAGGGGAGCAAACAUAGCGACGAUGAUGGCUCAAGCUCAACGAGCGGUCCAUUCAACUAUCUCCAAUAUCACCCAAAAUGUCAUAAAUUCACCAAUCAGUAAUCUUGAGGGUCUUGCCGGGAUAAAUCGCGAUGGAAGUUUUCUCAACGAGGUACCGUCUAAUUUCCAGAACAAAUUACAAAGAGAGUUGGAGCUUGCUUUGAAAUUGAAAUCAUUGGCGAAGUUCUGGAGAGUCCAGAAUGCCUUCAUUGUCCGCGGUAGUGAUCCUUGUAUCUACUCAGGAGUCAAUGGGGCCUUUGAUGAUGCUGACAAGCUAUCAUACUGUGGGGAAGAUGACAUAAUGAUGAACAUUGUCAGGGCAGAGAAAAAUGGAAAUGGAUAUGAUCCAACCAUCUAUCAUGCUUCUUUGGUUGAAUCAAAGUAUGGAUAUUCUUCAAAGUUUUUGACAACUUUGGCCUGGGAAUGUCAGUCAAAAUAUGGUGUAUUUGAGUAUGAUUGGAGUUCUUACCACAACAGCAGUACCACCAACCAAUCAGAGCUGAGGAAUCUUUCCCAGGCAGGAGACUGCUAUUUCAAUCUUCCUGUAUGUGACUUAACCCGCCCCAACCUCAAAAUUCUAAGAUCUACCACCAACAAAACUUUGACUCAGAUCUGCCGGGAGGCAGGAGGAUUGCCAAUAUGA